GUGUCCUCCCCUGAUAUAUGUUAUGUGUUAUACUGUAACUGCCAUGAUCCCAUGGAUUCCUUUCAAGGGUUCCAACCCACCUCUUGCUGCUUAGCCCUUCGAGCACUUUGCAGCUGCUUGCUCCCCAGACUAAGACCUUUCCUUGGUAAUCUUUUCUGGCCCGAGGGUGCCUUUUAUCACUCAUCAUUUUGUCUCAAUAAUAUCUCUUUGCUUUUGGGGCAAACGGUCUAUGAGAAUAAUUGUAAACAUCUCAGAACUAAGUUGUGCGAAAUAGAACUUCUGCCAGUAAGGUGGUCCAUAAGUUUUAGGGAGAGGUGGUUAGGUGUUGUCUUGGUUACAGACUAUUAUACCUAAUACUACAUGGGUGGCAGGUCGGCUGUGAGUGUCUCGAAGGGUUAACAGACCCAUGUGGCUAUCCAUAUCAUGAACGGUUUAAUUUAAAGGUAUUGGGUAAUGUGAGUAGCAAAAUGUUUUUAAUUGUUUGUGAUUUGAUGCUUAUCCUUGGGGAAAUUCACCUGCUCAUACAAUGUGCUGCACCCUGCUGUGCCCAGUAAGCGGUAACGCAAUGACCCCAUUACCGCACACACAAACCACCCCAUCACGAGGCAGUCAGAAGCCAGAAAUGUGCUGGCUGUCUGAAGCUUGGCUCCCAGUCAAGGAAUGCCCCCAGAUUGCCGACCCACCUGGGUACAGAUCUGAAGCUUUAAAGUAUUCCUGUGUAAAACAAGAACACUCGUAAUAAGCAAUGCUAUUUUACCACCCCUUUCUUCCAAGUGGCCCUUCCUUCACUUCACUAUAGUAUCAUUGUACAGGCUUAUGGUCAGUUACCACCACUGCAGGCUUGUCAGACUUCUAGGGGCUAGGGAAGUUCCAUUAGAAGAGAUGAGGACAUAGUCAAUUAUGAGACUUACACACACAAACUAUAGUGCAGUUGUCAUCAACACUAGUGAGUUAUGGUCUCAGAUUUCAAGCCCAUUUGAAAUGGAAUUUAGUCCAAAUCUGGUCGGGGAUCUUAACUUGGGCUCCAGGGGUCUAAGUAAUACAGUGAAUUACAGUGACGGUAUAAUCCUUGGCCAAAGGGCUUUGUCUCCAGUAUUGUCCUGUCCCUUACCUCUCAGAGGGCAAGGAGCUGUCACUUACAUAUAUUCACAUUUCUCAAAGCCUAAACUUGGCUACAACUUGUUUGUCUUGCCAGCUUAAAUUUAUGUUUGUUCGUUAGAAUGAACUGAAUAGCCCGUCAGUUUAAUCAAGGAUGGCCUAUUUCUCAGACUACAGCUUGACUAGCCAUUAAGCAUUUGAUUAACUAAACACAUACCUUGUAGAUUAAGUUUACAGUAUGUUUAUUUACAUGUUGCAACAAUUUAUUUGUAAUGCAACAAUUUGCCUGUAGGGUCUGAGAUUUAAUUGGCCCUAGUGCCUCAAUGUAGUCUGGGGGUAGGGCUGUAUCAAACCUGCAUGUAGACAGCUCUGUCAUAUACAAAUAUGUUGUGGAAAUAUAUUUCUAUUUCACAUCUUUGUAAAAUAGAAACAUAUCAAGAAAUAUGUGUGCCGCAAUUCCACAGGCCCAUACUAACUGUCCUUAAUUUCUCUCCUACAGCAGUACUGCUUUGCCAGUCCUGUACUGCAGUCUCUUAAGGGUGCAGCAACUCAUCCUGUGUAGGUUAUGGUGAACAGACAGAAGUGUGCGCUUGUCAGUUUUGUCAGGGUCCACUGGCUGGUUGUCUGUCUGGGUGGGGGAAAAGCAGCUAUACCUCAACAAACCUCUACCCCAACAACCUUUUAUUUUGUCUUCUACCAAAGACUUCAUUUUAUAGAAUUAAAUUGAAACCUCUGCCAUUUUAUGGUGGUCUUUUGCUUUAGAUUUAUCUUGUAAUUCAUAGUAUAUAUAUUUUUAAAACAUUUUUCUAAAAAGGAAGUCAAGAUCUACAUUUAGGAAGUUGGAAUAGCAGUGGACUCCAAGGUCAAACUAGCAACGGUUCAGUAGCAUGUGGCCUGUUCCCCUGAAACUAAGGUAUUGAUCGUAUGGAUCUAAAAGUUGCCUCCACUGCCCCUCAGGUAUACGUGUAACUACAUAUAUAGAUAUACUCUCCCUGCCCUGGGUUACAUAAAGUAGCUACACAUUUAUCUCACAGAACAUUCCUAGAUUUGGUUAAAAAAAAUCUUGACUUCAUUUUCUUAAAAUGCUAUCAGUAAUUCGCACUCUGGGGAAUAUUUUAAUUAUGAAGUUUGAGCCCCAGGAGGAUUUUUCUUUUGUGACGUAAAAAACAAAUCACAGGUGGUAUGCUUAUGUGUGUGAGUUCCAACCCUUUUCCAAAGUGUUACUAAUGGUAAAGAGACAUUUUCUAGGCUUCUUUUCUGCCGGUUGAAGUCUGACUGCAGAAGGACCCUUGGCACUGAAAGUGGGGCAAAACGCCGGACCCCAAGCUGCAGUCCAGGUCGUACAUGGACGUCAUGAAGGAGCAGCACCUGACCAAAGAGGAGAAAGAGAUCCGUCAGCAGAUGGCAGAGAAGGCCAAAACAGGAGACCUGAAGGCUGUCAACGGCUCUGCUGCCUCCCAGGCUGCUGCUGCUGCCGCCGCCGCAAAGCGAAAACGCCGCUGGGACCAGACGGCCGAGAAACAGGACCAAUCAGGAACCCCCAGCAACGCCGGCACACCUAAGAAGAUGUCCAGCUGGGACCAGGCCGAUCAGGCUGCUGAGCAGACCCCAGGACACACACCUGGCCACACCCCCUCCAACAGCCGCUGGGACGAGACCCCAGGAAGGAACAAGGGCAGUGAGACCCCAGGGGCCACCCCCAGCUCCCGAAUGUGGGACCCCACCCCUAGCCACACCCCAGCUGGAGCAGCUACACCAGGAAGAGGGGACACACCGGGACACACCACCCCUGGACACGGGGGAGCCACAGGCAGCGUGCGAAAAAACCGAUGGGACGAAACCCCCAAGACGGAGAGGGAGACCCCUGGUCAUGGAAGUGGUUGGGCCGAGACCCCCCGUACAGACAGAGGAGACGAGUCAGUGGGAGAGACCCCCACCCCCGGGGCCAGUAAAAGGAAGUCCCGUUGGGACGAGACCCCCGCCAGCCAGAUGGGCUCUUCCACCCCACUGAUGACCCCUGGGAAAACUCCCAUCGGAACCCCUGCCAUGAAUAUGGCCACUCCUUCUCCAGGUCACCUGAUGAGCAUGACCCCAGAGCAGCUGCAGGCCUGGCGUUGGGAGAGGGAGAUAGACGAGAGGAACCGACCUCUCACAGACGAUGAGCUGGAUGCCAUGUUCCCAGAAGGAUACAAGGUCCUUCCCCCACCAGCAGGCUAUGUGCCCAUCCGUACCCCGGCCCGGAAGCUGUCUGCCACCCCCACCCCCAUGGGGGGCAUGACGGGCUUCCAUAUGCAGCAGGAGGACCGCUCCAUGAAGCAGAUCAACGACCAGCCCAGUGGGAACCUGCCCUUCCUCAAACCAGACGACAUUCAGUACUUUGACAAACUGCUGGUUGAGGUGGAUGAGUCCACUCUGAGCCCAGAGGAACAGAAGGAGCGUAAGAUCAUGAAACUGCUGCUGAAGAUCAAGAACGGAACACCUCCCAUGAGAAAGGCUGCCCUGCGUCAGAUCACAGACAAGGCGAGGGAGUUUGGAGCAGGGCCCCUGUUCAACCAGAUCCUGCCCCUGCUCAUGUCUCCUACUCUGGAGGACCAGGAGCGCCACCUGCUGGUCAAGGUCAUCGACCGCAUCCUCUACAAGCUGGACGAUCUCGUCCGCCCAUAUGUACACAAGAUCCUGGUGGUGAUUGAGCCGCUGCUGAUUGAUGAAGAUUACUACGCCAGAGUGGAAGGCAGAGAGAUCAUCUCUAAUUUGGCCAAGGCUGCCGGCCUGGCCACUAUGAUCUCCACUAUGAGACCUGAUAUUGACAACAUGGAUGAAUACGUCAGAAAUACAACAGCAAGAGCUUUUGCUGUCGUAGCGUCCGCUCUGGGUAUCCCCUCCCUCUUGCCUUUCCUCAAAGCUGUGUGUAAGAGCAAGAAGUCUUGGCAGGCCCGCCACACGGGCAUCAAGAUUGUCCAGCAGAUUGCCAUCCUCAUGGGCUGUGCCAUCCUGCCCCAUCUGAGGAGUCUGGUGGAGAUCAUCGAGCAUGGUCUAGUAGAUGAGCAGCAGAAGGUGCGGACCAUCAGUGCCCUGGCCAUCGCCGCCCUGGCUGAGGCUGCCACGCCCUACGGUAUCGAGUCCUUUGACUCCGUACUCAAACCCCUGUGGAAGGGUAUCCGACAGCACAGAGGAAAGGGUCUGGCUGCGUUCCUGAAGGCCAUUGGCUACCUGAUCCCUCUGAUGGAUGCUGAGUAUGCUAACUACUACACCAGAGAGGUCAUGCUGAUCCUCAUCAGAGAGUUCCAGUCCCCUGACGAGGAGAUGAAGAAGAUCGUGCUCAAGGUGGUGAAACAGUGUUGUGGUACUGACGGUGUGGAGGCCAACUACAUCAAGACAGAGAUCCUGCCUCCCUUCUUCAAGCACUUCUGGCAGCACAGGAUGGCCCUGGACAGACGCAACUACAGACAGCUGGUGGACACCACAGUGGAGCUGGCCAACAAGGUGGGAGCAGCAGAGAUCAUCUCUCGUAUAGUAGAUGACCUGAAGGAUGAGGCAGAGCAGUACAGGAAGAUGGUGAUGGAGACCAUAGAGAAGAUCAUGGGGAACCUGGGAGCUGCUGACAUCGACCACAAGCUGGAGGAGCAGCUGAUCGACGGCAUCCUGUACGCCUUCCAGGAACAGACCACGGAGGACUCUGUGAUGCUGAACGGGUUUGGCACGGUGGUGAAUGCCCUGGGGAAGAGGGUGAAGCCCUACCUGCCUCAGAUCUGUGGUACUGUACUGUGGCGUCUCAACAACAAGUCCGCCAAGGUCCGCCAGCAGGCUGCUGACCUCAUCUCCCGCACCGCCGUGGUCAUGAAGACCUGCCAGGAGGAGAAGCUGAUGGGUCACCUGGGAGUGGUGUUAUAUGAGUAUCUAGGAGAAGAGUAUCCUGAAGUACUGGGAAGUAUCCUUGGUGCUCUCAAGGCCAUCGUCAAUGUCAUCGGUAUGCACAAGAUGACUCCACCAAUCAAAGACCUGCUACCUCGGCUGACACCCAUCUUGAAGAACAGACAUGAGAAGGUGCAGGAGAACUGUAUUGACCUGGUGGGCAGGAUUGCUGACAGGGGUGCUGAGUACGUGUCGGCCAGGGAGUGGAUGCGUAUCUGCUUUGAGCUGCUGGAGCUCCUCAAGGCCCACAAGAAGGCCAUCCGCAGAGCCACCGUCAACACCUUUGGAUACAUCGCCAAGGCUAUCGGACCCCAUGACGUGCUGGCCACACUACUCAACAACCUGAAGGUUCAGGAGCGUCAGAACAGAGUGUGUACCACCGUAGCCAUCGCCAUCGUGGCUGAGACCUGUUCUCCUUUCACCGUGCUCCCCGCCCUCAUGAACGAGUACCGCGUGCCUGAGCUCAACGUGCAGAACGGCGUGCUCAAGUCCCUGUCCUUCCUGUUUGAGUACAUCGGGGAGAUGGGCAAGGACUACAUCUAUGCUGUCACUCCCCUGCUGGAGGACGCACUGAUGGACAGAGACCUGGUCCACAGACAGACAGCCAGUGCCGUGGUGCAGCACAUGUCCCUGGGCGUCUACGGCUUCGGCUGUGAGGACUCCCUUAACCACUUGUUGAACUACGUGUGGCCCAACGUGUUUGAGACGUCGCCCCAUGUAAUCCAGGCUGUCAUGGGGGCCCUGGAGGGUCUCAGGGUGGCGAUCGGCCCCUGCCGCAUGCUGCAGUAUUGCCUGCAGGGUCUCUUCCACCCAGCCAGGAAGGUCCGAGACGUCUACUGGAAGAUCUAUAACUCGAUCUACAUCGGUUCCCAGGAUGCUCUGAUCGCUCACUACCCCCACGUCUACAACGAUGAGAAGAACCCUUACCUCCGCUAUGAGCUGGAGUACUUCCUGUGAUUCUGCUCUCUGUUCACUCUCUCUCUUUCUCUCUCUGUUCACGCUCUCUCUCUCUUCACUCUCUCUCUGUUCACGCUCUUUCUCUCUCUCUCUUCACUCUCUCUGUUCACGCCCUCUCUCUCUUCACUCUCUCUGUUCACGCCCUCUCUCUCUUUCUCUCUCUCUGUUCACCCUCUCUCUCUUUCUCUCUCUCUGUUCACGCUCUCUCUCUUUCUAUCUCUCUGUUCACGAUCUCUUUCUCUCUGUUCACGAUCUCUUUCUCUCUGUUCACGAUCUCUUUCUCUCUGUUCACGAUCUCUCUCUCUGUUCACGAUCUCUUUCUAUCUCUGUUCACGCUCUCUCUUUCUCCGUUCACUCGCUCUCUGCUGAUCUUUUCCCCUUUCCCUCCUCUCUUUCAUCUCCUCUCUUUCAUCUCCUCUCUCUUUUCAUUUUUCGUACUAUCUCUCUUGGUGUGUAGAUAGGACUUGGUCCAUUUUUUUGUAUUAUUUAGCCCCUCUGUCUUUGUAGUGGGUGUGUCCAACAUAGCCACAGUGUCUGUGGCCCCAGAUACAUUUUUAAUCAAAUAAAAACAGUAUAUGAUUAGGGAGAAAGAAAUAUAAAACUGAAACUUUUCUUAGAGCUUAUGUAUUGUUUUAUUUCUUUUAUAAUUUCCAUAAGGAAUGAUCGACACAUGCAGUACAGUGACGUGCAGGAUGUAAGUUAGCCAUGUUAACGAAUGGAAAAGCAAGUCAGUGAGUUUUGAAGUUCUUUAAAAUAUUGUCAUUG